AUGUCAAGCGAAGACGAAGUAAUCAAGAUUUAAUAUUUAUGUUAGAGAAUGAAGCAAUUGCAAUCACUUCCCAUUAGAAAUUAUUUGGAUUAAACUGUCGUUCCAAUCCUACUUUAAGCAAUGACUGAAGUCGCUAAAGUGAGACCUUCCAACCCCAUUGAUUUUAUUGCUCAAUAUUUGAUAUCGAAUAAUCCAGAUAAACCGUUGGCCAGGUAAUAAUGA